AUGGUCUUCGGGCUUCCAGACCUGGAGAUCAACAAGAGCCACGAACUCCAACAUGUGGAGCUUUUUGCGGGGCAGUGUGCGGAGGGACGAGCUGCAAUCGCCAUGGACUUGGAAAUUGGCGGCCCCACAAUGGAUUUAACUACGAAUGAGGGAUUCCUCGCAGCGCUCUACCACACAUGCCGGCUCAAGCCGGGUUCUGGAUGGCUUGCUGCACCUGUUUGCCACGACAUUGUGGAAGACGUUGAUGACUUCAGGCCUCGGUGGCUGCCACCGCGGGAGGCGGUGGAGAUGGCUGUGGUGUAUCAGGAUGGGCGAGGCGUCACGAGAGUGAAGGGCGGUCGCCAUCUAAAAGCCUCACAAGCCUACCCUUUGGGGUUUGGAAAGGCCCUGUCAGCGGUCCGGAAUCGUCAUGCUGCAAGGAUCCGUUCUGAAGCAAGAGUGACCAAUGGGAAGAUUCGUCCUGAAGCACGUGUUGAAAGGGGUAUGUCGGUUGAGGAAUUCAUGGAGGAGAUGAGCGCAAAGUGUCUGGAGGCUCAAGUAGAUGCUCGCAUGCAGCAGCUUGCCACUGAACACCCUGCGCCUCCUACGGAUGAUGAAGAGGAGGAAGUGGAACGCCCAAAGGGCAAAAAGGGCGAGGAUGUUAAGAAGCCAGGGGAGGGUGAUGAAGAGGAAGAUGAAGGUGAUGGAGAAGAUGAGAUGUCAAGUCUUUCAGAAGACGCUUCUGAAUCUGAUGGGCCUGAUGGGAGCGUGGACAGUGAAGAAGAAGAAGAAGUGUCAUCGGAGGAGGAGGAGGGGGAGGAUGGUGAUGAGGGCGAAGAUGAUUCUGAAGAAGAAGAAGAAGCGCAGGAGGAAGCUGCCGUUGAAAAGGACUUCACCAAGCUCCUCGAUGAUGCUGACGAAGAUGAGACCCAAAAGGGAGUCAAGGACAAGAAGAAGAAAGAAGAAGAGAAGCCCAAUGCCGAGAAGCUCAAAGACGCUGUGGUGAAGGGAGAAGAAGAUUUCUCAAAAGCCAACAGUGUUUCCCACAAGGCCAGGGAUCUCUACAAGAAAUACCCAAAAGAGAAGGCCGACCUGCUCAUGAAGAAGUUGAAGGAGAAAGGGAUGUGGCACUAUGACCCUGACUUUGAGGGCGACGAAGAGGAGAUCUUCUACUAUGCCUCCGAAGACAAUGUGAUGAGCGAUGAGUCCAUCUUCAGAGACAUCACUAAGGUGAGCGAGGAAGAGAAGUACGCGAAACACUUCCAGCUUAUUGUCGACAAGAUCGCUUGGUAUGAGAAAGCUGAGGCGGUGCAGAAAGCUCUGCCAAAAGGCCGAGGUAUGAUUGGGUCAGGGCGUGCUUCUGUGGCUGAGAUAUGUGAUGCCCAAUACCGGCAAGAGCGGAUCAUCAGCCCGUGGACACGGGUGGAAGGGUGGCACUUGGGCAGUUGCUUUCAUGACCCUAUGCAUGUCCUUUUGCCUUGGCACAUCCAGGGAUUUGUUUGCAAGCGCGCUGGCUUACUGGAUACGAGGUGGGUUCUUGUACGAGGGGCCCGGUUCUUUGGCAGAGAAACUCAAAAGGGUAUCCUCGGACUUGAAAUGCAAAUGCUGCCAACAGAAGGUCCGAGUUUCCUUCAAAGCAUUUACACCUUCCAACACAGGGCUCGAUAA